AUGCUAAAGCAUUCCUUUGAAAAAUUCACAAGAAAUCCAAGCCUUCUCAUUCCAUCUACAAAUUCAAGAAUAUUUAGCACAGAUUUUAAGACAAUCAAAAGAAUAUCAAUAAAUUGCAAUGAAUUUUCUAGAUUCAGUCAAAGCAACUAUAUCUAUGUUGAUAAAACUCCAUUAAUUGCUAGCAUGAUACAAAGUGGCAAAUUCUAUUCAAUUUCCCGGCCUGAUUCUUUUGGAAAAACUUUAUUACUGAAAACAAUUAAAGAAAUUUUUGAAGGAAAUCAAAGCUUAUUCAAUGGAACUUAUAUAUUUAAUAAACCAGAAUUAUUCCAAAAAACUCCAGUACUGUUUUAUGACUUUGGGAUCACGUUUCGGCCAGCAACAGUAUCAAUAUUUACAGAAAUGAUUAAAAAUUUGCUUCAAAAAUCAGCUGAAACUUAUCAAAUAAAAUUAAAUAAAAAUUUACCUGUGCACGAAAUGUUUGGAAAUCUUAUAGAAGGCAUAAAAGACAAGCUAGGACCUGUCGUUAUCUUAAUUGAUAAUUUUGACAAAAUUACUUUACUCCCCCCCCCCUCCGUGAGCGAACAAAACCAUUAGAAAAAUCGCCAUUUUUUGACCAAAAACCCACCCUCCGUGAGUGAACAAAAAUUUUUUUAAUAGAAAAAAUUUUAAUGGAAAAAAAUUUUGAUAUAUAAGUGAUAAUUAGUAUAAUGAAAUCUAGAGCUAAUUCUGUUUAAUUUUAAACAAAUUGCGUUUUAAAACAUAAAUUUUGCAAAUUAAAUUAAUAUUUGCUUCCCAAUUUUUGCAAAUUAGGAUUUUUUUUAAAUUUCGAAAAAAAUAUUUUUUAUAAAAUUUAUAUAUAAAUUUUUUUAAAAAAAAAAAAAAAUUAACCCCCCUCCGUGAGCGAACAAAAUUUUUUUGUUCGCUCACGGAGGGGGGGGGGGAGUUAGAAACAAUUCAAUAUCAAAAAAAGAGGAAUGAUUUAAUUGAAAUUUUGACUAAAAUUUUAGCAAGUUUAAAAGAAAAAGAGGAAAAUAUAAAAUUUUUUGUAAAAACUAACACCUCUCUAAUAGGAUUUCGAACUUAUUUGCAUGAAAAAAUCCAAAUUAAAGACAUCACUUUAGAUUCAAAUUUCAGCCAAAUUCUAUACUGUUUUCCUUUGAAUUUCCUGUUGAAUUAAUACUUAAAUUGCAAUCAUAACAUCCAAUCAAAAUUUAAUAGGGUUUUCUGACGAAGAAUUAAAGAAUAAUUUCGGAGAUUAUCUUAAUUUUUAUGAGUCUCAAAGUACUUUAUUACCACAUCAAAUAAAAAGUCUCAUAAAAAGUGCAUUUGGAGGUUAUAGAUUCACUAGCGAAAAUAAAGAACUAUAUAAUCCUCAAGGAUUUUUAAAUUACUUAAGCAAAGGGAAUCCUGACGAUUUUGAAAUUAAUCUUAGUUUUCCUAAAUAUAUGAAAGAUUAUCUACAGCAGAAUUUCGUGUAUGGGAUGCCUAUUAAAGAAUUUGCAGGGAAUUUCGAGAUUUUAAGCCAAGAAUAUUUUAAAGAAGCUUUGAAUAAAAAAUGGGGGAAAAACCAUGUAUUUCAAAAAAAAGAUUUUUUUUUGACUGAUGCAAAUAAUUUGGAAUUGCAUUUAUUCAAUCAUGGGUUUAUGGCGAUUAAGGAUUACAAUGAAGAAAAAAAUGAGUUCGAAAUUAAUUAUGUCAAUAACACAAUUAGGAGAAAUUUAAUCAAAGUAUAUGAUGAGGUUUAUGAAAAAAGCAAGUCAUAUGUCGAGCCUUUUAGUGGGUAA